UGUUUCUAUUUUGAGACGCAAAAAACAUCGUUUCCUGGGAGCUAAUUUGCGUAUAUGAUAAUAUAAACAGCCUGUAGUUCGUUUUGUGGCGUUUGCUUACAAAAAAAAACAUAUAUUUAUUUAUAACUUACCUUUGUUUAUCCGCAUAGCAACGGCGUAAAAUGGAUUCCUCAGCUCCCCCGGAUCGGAAAGAAGUUCCCCGCUCCCAACAGAAUGAUGACUCAGCAAUGACUCAGAAUGUUCCUUCUGCCCCUGCUGCUGAACAAGGGGGGUCCUCCGAACAAGUAGUGGCCACCCCUCCUCAGAUCACAGCCGCAGAUGCUCCCCCUGGUACUCCACCCGGUCUAGAGUAUCUGGCUCUACUGGAUCAGGUGCUAGUUCAACAGCAAGUCGAGUUGGUAGAAGCAUUUGUGGGUUUCGAGGGUGAGAACAAGUAUGCGAUCAAAAACGUGACAGGUCAGCAGUGCUACUUCGCCGCAGAGCAGAGCGGAUGUUGUAGUCGCCAAUGCUGCUCCAACAAGAGAGCAUUCCUCAUCAAAAUCAUAGACAACACACAACGGGAGGUGAUCCACGUGCGACGCAGCUUUAACUGUUGUGCCCAGUCUUGCUGCUGGCUGCCGUGCUGUGGCCUCUGUCAACAUGAAGUCACAGUCGAGAGUCCCCCCGGAGUGCCCAUCGGCAGAAUACACAACAGAUGCGGAGUGUUGCGGUCCUCGUUUGGGGUGUUACUGGAUGAUGAAGAGAUAGCCUAUGUGAAGGGACCCCUCUGCAUCGACAGGGGAAUGUGUGUAUGUCUGGACGUCAAAUUCACAAUCUACUCUGACGCGACGGGGGAGGAGAUCGGACAGAUAAAGAAACAGUUCAGUGGGGUCAUCAAAGAGACAUUCACUGACGCCGACAACUUCUCCCUCACAUUCCCCAAAGAUCUGGACGUGCGUGUGAAGGCCAUUCUUCUCUCAAUGGUGUUCCUGAUUGACUUUAUGUACUUCGAGACGGCAGCAGAAAAGAAAGUAGACGUGAAUGUCAACACAUAGACCUUGAGUUAUCGAGGCAGACUUGCAAGUUUAUACAUAUUUAUUUAACAGAGAGCUAGCAAAACUGCUUCUAACAGACAAAUUCACCAAGGAUCGUGCAAAAAGCUAAACCGCUUAUCGAGGCAUCUCUCAGAAAAUUUUGUGAGAUAUCUUCAAAAAAAAUCACCAAUUGUAAAAAAGGGCUAAAAUAAAUGCAUACUUUUUACCAUUGAGCUUGCGCUGUUUUUAUAAUUAUGGCCGUUUGAUUUUCUGAACCAUUGGAGAAAGUGUGAAGAGAGGUAUGGAUAACAACAGAUAAUUUGCUUUUAUCGAUAUAUUUUUAACCCUUUAAAAUGAAGAACGAAUCACUUCAUAUUCUUUUAUUUCCUAUAAUUAUCAUAAUUAUGCCGAGCUUUUUUAUUCCUAAUUGUAAAAUAAAUGUAUAAUAUGCAUUUUUCAAAUGGUGUCGGCUGAAGAGAAUUGUUUCAAUUGUUGUUUUCGUUUAUUUGCCCUGGUUGGCCAUCCAACAACAAGUUCCUUUAUCUUAGAGCUUCUUAUCUUACAACCU